GGAGGGGGCCGGCGGGCAGGCGCUGGCCACGUGACGCGGCCGGGCCGUCUCUGCGCACGCCUGCACAGGGCGCGCAUCUCUGCGCACCGUCUCAGAGCCGUUUUUCAGCCAGAGAAGCAUCGGCAAAAGAACCACGCAGCCUCCACCUCAGACACACCAAAUGGGCAAGAAAGCCAUCGACUCCAGGAUCCCGGCGCUCAUCCGCAACGGGGUGCAGGAGAAGCAGCGCAGCUUCUUCAUCAUCGUCGGCGACAAGGCGCGCAACCAGCUCCCCAACUUGCACUAUCUCAUGAUGAGCGCGGAUCUCAAGAUGAACAAGUCGGUGUUGUGGGCGUACAAAAAGCAGUUGUUGGGCUUCACGUCGCACCGCAAGAAGCGCGAGACCAAGAUCAAGAAGGACAUCAAGCGCGGCAUCCGCGACGUCAACGACCAGGACCCCUUCGAGGCGUUCAUCUCCAACCAGAACAUCCGCUACGUCUACUACAAGGAGACGGAGAAGAUCUUGGGAAACACCUACGGCAUGUGCGUUUUGCAGGACUUCGAGGCCAUCACGCCCAACUUGUUGGCGCGCACCGUCGAGACCGUCGAGGGCGGCGGCGUGGUGGUGAUGCUCUUGAAGAACAUGGCGUCCUUGAAGCAGCUCUACACCAUGACCAUGGACAUCCACGCGCGGUACCGCACGGAGGCGCACGACGACGUGGUGGCGCGCUUCAACGAGCGCUUCCUCCUCUCGUUGGGCUCGUGUGAAACGUGCUUGGUCGUGGACGACGAGUUGAACGUGUUGCCCAUCUCCGGCGGCAAGCACGUCAAGCCCCUCCCGCCCGCGGACGACGACGAGCGCACGCCCGCGCAGAAGGAGCUUGCUGCGUUGAAGGCCUCGUUGGCCGAGGUGCAGCCCGCGGGCUCGCUCGUGGCGCUCGCGCGCACGGUCAACCAGGCGCAGGCCAUCUUGACGUUCGUGGACGUGAUUUCCGAGAAGACGUUGAGUAGCACGGUGGCGUUGACGGCGGGCCGCGGGCGCGGCAAGUCCGCGGCGCUCGGCGUGGCCAUUGCGGGCGCGGUGUCGCACGGGUACCUGAACAUCUUCGUGACGUCGCCGCUGCCCGAGAACUUGCGCACGUUGUUCGAGUUCAUCUUCAAGGGCUUCGACGCGUUGGGCUACACCGAGCACUUGGACUACGACAUCGUGCAGCUGACCAACGCGGCGUUCCACAAGGCCAUUGUGCGCGUGGACGUCAAGCGGGCGCACCGCCAGACGAUCCAGUACAUUGCGCCCGGCGACGCGCACGUGUUGGGCCAGGCCGAGUUGCUCAUCAUCGACGAGGCCGCGGCCAUCCCGCUCCCCGUGGUGCGCCGGCUCUUGGGCCCGUACUUGGUGUUCAUGGCGUCCACCGUCAACGGCUACGAGGGCACGGGCCGCCUGUUGUCGUUGAAGUUGAUCCAGCAGUUGCGUGACCAGGCCGGCUCGCGCAACGACGACACGCAAGUGGUGUCCCGUGACAGCAGGCCCGUGGACGGCGCGCGGGCCGCCCGCACGCUCCGCGAGGUGGUGUUGGACGAGCCCAUCCGGUACGCGCCGGGCGACCCGGUGGAGCGCUGGCUCAAUAAGCUCUUGUGCCUCGACGCCAGCCUCUCGAAGAACGCCCGCCUCGCCUCCAAAGGCACGCCGCACCCGGCGGACUGCAACCUCUUCUACGUCAACCGCGACACGCUCUUCUCGUACCACCCGGUGUCCGAGGCGUUCUUGCAGAAAAUGAUGGCGCUCUACGUGGCGUCGCACUACAAGAACUCGCCCAACGACUUGCAAUUGAUGAGCGACGCGCCGGCGCACCAGUUGUACGUGCUCUUGCCGCCCGUGGACCCCGCCAGCACGCGCAUCCCGGACCCGCUCUGCGUGGUGCAGUUGGCCUUGGAGGGCGAGAUCUCCAAGGAGAGCGUGCGCCGCUCCUUGGCACGCGGCCAGCGCGCCGGCGGCGACUUGAUCCCGUGGUUGGUGGCGCAGCAGUUCCAGGACGACGAGUUUGCCUCCUUGAGCGGCGCCCGCGUGGUCCGCAUCGCCACCAACCCGGACUAUGCGGGCAUGGGCUACGGCUCGCGCGCGCUCGCCUUGUUGAAGGACUACUUCGAGGGCAAGUUCACGGACAUCUCCGAGGCCACCACCUUGGGCGACCACACGCUCGCGCGUGUCUCGGACGCGGAGUUGGCCGGCGCGUCGCUCAAGGACGAGGUGCGGCUCCGCGACGCCAAGUCCUUGCCGCCGUUGUUGUUGAAGUUGCUGGAGAAGGCGCCCUACGCCUUGAGCUACUUGGGCGUGUCCUACGGCAUGACGCCGCCGUUGCACAAGUUCUGGAAGCGUGCGGGCUUCGUGCCCGUGUACUUGCGCCAGACCGCCAACGAGUUGACGGGCGAGCACACCAGCGUGAUGCUCCACGUGUUGGCCGGCCACAGCGACGCGUGGCUCCGCGCGUUUGCGCUCGACUUCCACAAGCGCUUCUUGCACUUGAUGUCCUACGAGUUCCGCAAGUUCCCGGCGGUGCAGGCGCUCAACGUGAUCGAGUCCACGGGCACCGUUGCCGCGCAGCCGUUGGACCGCCGCGCCUUGGACAGCCAGAUGUCGCCGUUCGACUUGAAGCGCUUGGACUCCUACGCGAACAACUUGUUGGACUACCACGUGAUCUUGGACUUGAUGCCGCUCGUGGCCCACGCGUACUUCUCCCGCAGCGCCCCCGGCGUGUCCUUGUCCUCGGUGCAGGGCGCCAUUCUCUUGGCCGUGGGCUUGCAGCACAAGUCCAUCGAUGACGUCAGCAAGGAGUUGGGCCUCCCGGCCUCGCAGGCCAUGGCCAUGUUCUCCAAGAUCGUGCGCAAGUUCUCCACGUACUUCCGCUCCGUCUUGAGCAAGCACAUCGAGCAGGCCAUGCCGGCGCUCGAGGACGACGACGUCAACGACAUGAACGGCGACGAAACCAUCGCCGGCAAGUACGACGCGGCGGCCACGGAGGCCGCCAUGACCCGCGACUUGGACGCGGCCGGAGACGACGCCGUGUCCGAGUUGAAAAUGAAGCAGAAGGAGUUGAUCAACGCGCUCAACUUGGACAAGUACGCCAUCAACGACAACGCCGAGGAGUGGGACGACUCCGCCGCCGAGAAGGCCGUCGCCAAGCUGGGCGUCGCGAGCAUGAAGAGCAAGAACAAGCGCAAGAGCGAGAGCGCGGACCAGAUCUACGAGAGCGAGAUCAAGAGCUCGACGAAGAAGAGCAAGAAGGGCAAGAAGGGCAAGUAGCCGCCCGGCCGCCGCGGCGCGCGGGCUGGGUGGCAGCACCUGUCGAAUAC